AUGUUGGCGUUUUUUGUCGUCCUCCUUUGCCUUGUGUUGCAUAGUUCUGCGGCACAACGCCACGAUACUGAUUUAUGGUCAUUCUUUACCUUGCCCGAAGUGCGCGCCUUGAAAUUCGAGGUCACCCAUCUUGACCGCGAACGCCAGCUCCCAGGCUAUUGGUUCGUUGCACCCUACGGCCAGAUCGACCCAGAGAACCCAACAAAAAAAUACCAAGAAUUCCAAAUCGGACCUUAUAUUUACGACAAUGAGGGUAUGCUCAUCUGGGCUGGGUCCCCGAUGACGGACAAUCGGAAUGUCUUCGACUUCAAGGCCAACUGGAACAUCGAUGACAAGCCGCGACUCUCCUUUAUCCUGCAACAUGCAUUCGACAACUCCAAUAAGGGAAGCGGAGUCAUUCUGGAUCAACACUAUGAAAUCGAACACCAGGUCGGAGUGACCAACGACGUCGAUGCCUUCAAUAUGCAUGAAUUCAAUAUCAUGGAUGGUGGUCAGACUGCUCUGGCUUGCACGUACCGAUCCCAGGAAAUAAAUCUGGCCGAUCUAGAUCGGCCCGAUGAAAAUAGCUGGAUGAUAACCGGCGGUUUUGUCGAACUGGAUAUCAAGACGGGGGAGAUCCUCGCCGAAUGGGAUUCCACCGACCACAUCGCAGUGCAUGAGUCAAUUCGGUUCCAUGCCUGGAAUAGCCCGUCCGGGUUUCCCGGCGUGGACUACGUGCAUAUCAAUUCUGUCGACAAGAAUGCGGCCGGGGACUAUAUCAUUUCACUGCGUUUCACCAAUACCAUCUAUUUGAUUUCGGGCGAGGACGGCCAUAUCAUAUGGCGUCUCGGCGGGUCAGAGUCCGACUUUCAGCAAGACUUCCAGUUCUCAAAACAACACGAUAUCAAAUUUGUCGAUUCAAAUAGCACUCACCAUACUAUUUCAUUUCUUAACAACGCUUCGGACGAGUCAGAAAACGAAGAGGACUUCUCGACGGCUUUCUUCAUCGAACUCGAUACCACCGUGACCCCAAUGACUGCCACCACCAUCAAGCGCAUUGAACGCCCAGACCACGGUUUGACGCGACUUCGCGGCAAUGUUCAGCCGCUUCAGAAUGGUAACACAUUUGUGGGCUGGAGUGAACGUGGAUACCAUAGUGAACACGCGCCGAACGGGGACCUUCUCAUGUAUGCCCGUUUUGCUUCAACUCGAUUCUCGAGCUACCGCUCAUAUAAGUUCGACUGGAUCGGUCAGCCGACCACGCCACCAGAUGUCGUGGCCUUUGCGUAUGGCACGUCGGAUACGGAUCUUUUGACUGUAAUUCAUGUCAGUUGGAACGGCGCGACCGAUGUGGCCCAGUGGGGCUUCUAUGCCCAAGCAACCGAGGACAGUGAUCCAGUUUUCAUUGGAUACGCGAACAAGACCAAUUUCGAGACAAUGCACAUCGUCGAAGGGUAUAUGGAUUGGAUCUCCGCCACCGCAUUCGAUCGUGAUGGCAAUGUCUUGAGGACCUCGCGUGUACAGCGCACUGAGGUACCACCCGAUUGGAAGGCAGUUGGGUUCGACGAAGAAUCCUCCGGUCCGCACCCGAAUGACCCGUCGCUCCUUCAAGGCCAUCGAGAACAUAUCGACUCGUCACCUAGCGAUGGAGCCAGUAUGGUCAACAAUGGCCUUUCAGGCUCCGAAUACCAGUCAGCUACGCGAUACACUGCAAUGAAGGAAGUCGCCAAAGCAGUUUACCUAGCAUAUUCUGUGCUGAGUAUGCUGAAAGGAGUAUUCAUCGUGAUUCUGUUGCUUUGCGGCAUUGCCGGCAUUGUGGCAUGUUUCUGGUGGGUAAUUCGCCGUCAAAAAAGACGCUCCUAUCAGCAAGUACCGGCAUCCGCAAAUCAACCCCCCGAGGAGAUUCCCUUACGAUCUAGCAUGGAUGUUUAA